AUGGCGACAGAUUCUGACGCCCAAUUCGACAGACUACACGAAAGGACUCGGCAACGCGCCAAUAUGACCCAGAAUCCCCUCGAAACCAACCCUGUUUCCAGCGCAAACGCCCAUCGUGGCACGAUACCUAACACCCCUCUUGGUUCGUCUACUGUCGCCUUUCUGCUUGGGGCAACUUUCGGAAUCGGCCUAUUUGCUACCCUUGUCGAUGAAUUUUCAAGACCUCGAUGGUUGACCUAUCAGGUUUCCUUUUAUCUUGCUUCUUGGGCUUUCUUCCACUGGGCGGAGUUCGCUGUAACGGCGGGGUGGAAUCUUGAGAAGUGCAGCGUCGAUUCCUAUCUCCUCGAAAAUGGCUCGAUGUAUCACAUUGCCCACAGUGGAGCGCUGGUGGAAUACUUGAUUACGGUCUACCUGUGGCCAUCAAACAAAACCCAUCCAUAUGUGUCGCAAAUCGGCGUCGUACUGGUCGUGCUGGGACAAGUCCUUCGCUCGGCCGCUAUGAUUCACGCGUCGACUAGCUUUUCUCACUCGGUCGCCUUUCAAAAACGCGAUUCCCAUACAUUACACGAUCUCACAGAGAAGAAAGCUGGUUCCGACACCCAUCUUAUGCAGGAUUCUUCUAUUGGGCUCUUGGAACCCACGCCCGUAUUAAAGCGGAAGAAGGGGCGCUGGUACGCUUUUUCGGACAAGACUACGUCGAGUACAGGCGACAUGUUGGAACUAAAAUUCCAUUCAUACCAUGAUACCACACUGUAG